AUGUUUGGAUGUAUUGUAGCAGGAAGAUUGAUUCAAACAAACCUUCAACAAGUGGAUGUGAAUAAGUAUAUAUUUGAAUUACCAGAUGCAGCAAGUAUAAAUCAUAUUGUGGUAUUUUUACUUGGUACAAUUCCAUUUGAUCCGGGUUAUGCAGCAACAGUACACUUUUUAUGGCCAGUAACAAAAGAUUUUUGGGGUAUAAAUAAACAAAGGCUAUCAAAUGAAAAACCUAGUGCAAUUUUUAGACUUCGUGGAUUUUCCACAUCAAAAUCUACUUCAACAUUAGCACCAAAUACAAAUACACCUACAUUCAAUCCAAUAAAAUUAAUUGGGAAUUCAACUACAUCAACAGAUGAAAUGUCAAUGGAUUUGAAUGAUUCAACAUUACCAACAACAAAUCAAUCAUCAUCAUCAGAACCAGUAACAGCAACUUUAGGAAUAGCUAUUGAACCUAUUUCAGUAGUAGAAGCUGAACUUGCAACUUUACCACCAAGCAAUUCAUCAAACACAAAUUCUGCUACAAAUAGUACCACGAUACCAAAUUUUGAUCUUAUUAAUCAAAUUACUAUGAACAUACUAAAAAAUCUUUAUAAUUAUGUUACUUCAUUUGCUACAACUUCAAUUCCUUUUGGUUCUGAUGCUAUUGGAGCUGGUGAUUUUUUUUUGUCAUUAAAAUCAUUUCAAGAUUGGUAUGAUAGUUAUACUAGAAAAGUAAAGCUGGAUCCAAAUAAGGUAUUAAAAGGGGACAAUCCUAUGUAA